AUGUAUCUCUCUCACACACAAACGAAUGAAGAUCACCGGAGCACAAGAUAUGUGAAGAAGAUCUGCAAGCAUAAGGAUCAGAUGAAGCGAAAGUGGAGGUGGUGGUGCUUUGAUGAAAUUGUGACGGUGGCUUCCAUCUUUUCCCUACUUCAAAUUCGCCAGAAGACUGAUUCCACCGCAUUCCCCGAUUUCCGUCACUGUCGCCUCUCUUUUUUUCUCAGAUUUUUCAUCUUCAUGGGGAAAUCAUUGAAGUAUCCAGGAUUCAGUUUUAAACCUACUGAUGUUCAUCUGGUGAUGUAUUACCUCAAGAACAAGUUAUUAGGGAAAAAGCUUGAUCCAGAAUUUAUUGCAGAGAUUAAUAUAAACGAUUUCAGCCCAUGGGAUCUUCCAGCCAAAUCCAUCUUGAGUGGCGACCUAGAGUGGUACUUCUUCUCUUCAAAUUCUAAAAAAUAUUUAAGUGGGCCCAGAAUGAAUCGUGUAACUAAAACUGGAUUAUGGAAAGGCACUGGAAAAGAUAAAGAAGUCAGAUACAAAGGAAGAACUGUAGGAAUGAGAAAAACACUGAUUUUCUACGUGGGUCCUCCAGGAAAGCGGACCAUAACAAAUUGGGCAAUGCAUGAGUAUCGGAUGACAGACGAGGAUUUAGCUAAUCAAGGGGUUGCUCAGGAGGCAUAUGUAAUCUGUAGAGUUUUUGAGAAAACUGGUCUUGGGCCGAAGAACGGGGCCCAAUAUGGUGCACCAUUUGAUGAUGAUGAUGAUGAUGAUGAUGAUGAUGAUACAUCUUUGAUGAUGGUUGGUGUGUUGGUGAAUCCUAAUAAUACAAGUUGUUUAACAUUAACAUGUCCAUCUACAAAAACGUGUGAUCCGGAUAAUUCAAGCGGUUUGGGUCCCUCUGCUAUCACAUAUUGGGAAGAUGAGAGAGUGACAGAUGAUCGUGUUAAUGAUGAUGUCAUGCUUACCCAUGGUGACCUUGCUUCGCUUCUUCAAAAUAACAACACGCAGGAGGAGGUAAAAGAGGUGGAAGAUCGAAAGGGGAAGAAAGUGAUGAUUGAUGAUGGUGUUGAUAUGUUAAAUGAGUUGCUGGAUGCGAGCAACCCACAUGAUUUGGGUCAAGAUAUGUUUGAGAUGUUUAGUGUUGAAGGAUUUGAUGAUGAUUUUUGGAAGUCACUGGAGGAGUGAGUCAACGUGGAUACAUGUCCACAUGCGGUUUUGUAUUGCUCAUAGAUUUAUACAAUUAUAUGUUUAGCAAAUUUGUGUUAUAGUAUAUAUUUAUACAAAAAUACGAUGUUUAGGGUAUGGUAGUGGAACAUUUAUGUUGUACUAUUAUUGUGUGUUAUUUAGUUUUAGUAUAGUAAAUUAUGAUGUUGUGUCAUAAACGAAGGAUGAAAUGAAAAAAAAGAGAGGUG